AUGCAUCAAUCACCACCAAUUGCAUGCACAACAAGUCGGUCCAAAAAUCGAUUUCAAGAUGACGACGCAUCUAGCAUUUCGGCAUCAAGUUCCAGCAAAUCAUCUUCGACCACUGUAUCGACGCCUCACACCUCGGUUGCAUCGUCCACGGAAGAGAGCACACUCGAUGAUCUGAAACAUUACAUCGCGUUAGGCUGUCUUCACCUAGACAGCCACGUCCCUGUACAGGCUAACUCAACGCCCACUCUUGAGUCUACGUGGACUGAAGUCCUUCAUUCUCAGCUCCCCGGAGAGGUCAAGCUGAUCAUCGGUACUGAAGCCUCUCAAUUGCUUGAUGCGCAAUGGAUACGACUGUUCUUUCGUUCUCAGCGCGAGUCAGUGCACAGCAUUGCUCGCGUGUAUCUGCUUCCGGAAGAUUGGAGCCGCCGCUCAAUAAGCCGCAGCAGUAUUGCUUUGAAGAGGGCACUGCGUCAACUACUCGAUCAGAUCGAUACAUCGCCAAAUGCUUGGGCUGGCGACCUUCCAGAUGCUCAGAUACAAUCAUUCGACCCAUGGGCCGGCCAACUUGAUACAUCGUUGUACUAUUUCUUCAACAAACUGCCGUCGCCGUCUCCCAACCCAGCUCUUAUCAAGAACAGGUACACCAGAAGGGCAGCGUACGAUCUACUUGGAUCAGCACAAGCUUCGGAAUGGGAAGAUGAUGGCGAACAACCUCUCAAGGGCUUGAGAACGAGGCUAUACCCUUACCAAGCCAGAUCAGCUAGUUUGAUGAUCGAGCGAGAAGCUGCACCCCAAUUGCAACUUGAUCCGCGUUUGGAGACCCGCACAGCACCAAACGGAGACAAGUUUCUGUACUGUGCGCGGGAUGGCUCUUUUCUACAGGAGCCGCGAUUUUAUGAGUCCAACCGUGGCGGUAUUCUAGCAGAGACUAUGGGCUUGGGCAAGACCAUCAUCUGUCUGGCAGUCAUACUUGCUACUAAAGGUCAUCAUCCGCAGAUACCCGAGUUAUAUCGGCCCCCUUUGCCUGUGCGUGCUAGUGUGGGCACUUUGAAGGAGAUGACAGCCCACGUGCCUGGACGAUAUGCUUUACCUGGGAAAGUAUGUCUGGAAGAGAUGGCAGAGCACGCUGAUGUCAACCUACCACGGCUGAACACCGUUCUCGACGACAACAUGCCCUACUACGAGAUACCGCCGGAAAUGCCUCGAAUGAACCGUACCACAAGGAUACCGCCAGCACGUCAAUACGUCAUGUGUUCCGCUACGAUCUUGGUGGUGCCCAAAAACCUGCUGCACCAGUGGCAGUCUGAGAUUCGGAAACACCUUCUCCCGCAAGCACUCAAGAUCCUGGUUGUUGAUACAGUGUCUAAACGCAGUAAAGCCAAGGCAGCUCCAGUUGAUCAGGCUGGCUUUGAUUCUGCAAGUGAGCUGCCAGCCCCCACGGAGCUCAUGAAGUACGAUGUGGUACUCUUUACGCGCAAUCGCUUCGAGCAAGAGAUUCAAGACGGGGCUGACAACCAGGGCCGGCGAUAUGUGGCUGGUGUCUCCCGUGCUUGCAAUUGCCCGUACAUCGGUGCAACCCGCAUUGCAAAUUGCAGUUGCUUCGACAGUGGUACAGUGUACGAAUCACCUCUCCUGAAGCUCCAUUGGCUUCGCAUUGUUAUCGACGAAGGGCACAACUUCUCGUCAGCGACAUCGAACGCAGUACUGGUCGCAAAGCAGAUCCAAGCUGAGAGGCGAUGGGUUGUAUCUGGCACACCCGCCAAAAAUCUGGUGAGUGUAGAAGUCGACAUGUCAACUAUGGAAGUCGAUGAUGAAGACCCAAUUCUACUUCGCGAGUCAGCAAUCGAACAGCGCAAGACCUUCAACCUCACAGACGAAUCAAAGGCGGUCAAGGCGCUGGGCUCACUCGCAUCGAACUACCUCAUGGUACGUCCUUGGUGUGCCUCGAGUGUCGAAGGAGGCCUCGACUGGGACGAAUACAUCUAUCGACAUGAGCACCCACAUCGGAAGACAUACUCAGCGUUCUCAACCUGCUUUCAGCGGACUCUAGAAGGGUUGGUGGUGAAGACAAGACCUGAAGACGUCGAGAAGGACAUCGUGCUGCCACCUCUGAAGCACAACGUUGUCUAUCUCCAACCUUGCUGGUUCGACAAGAUGACAGCAAAUCUGUUCAUCCAGGUUCUGCGGGCGAACGCUAUCACGUCUGAGCGAACCGAUGUCGACUACCUUUUCCAUCCAAACAGCGUCAAGGCAAAGCACAGCCUCAUUCGGAACUUACGGCAGUCCAACUUCACAUGGACAGGUUUCAGCGUAGAGAGCGUAGUAAGCACUCUAGAGACUAGUGCCAAGUACCUCUCCAAGGAAGACAGGAAGUGUUCCCUAGAGGACGCACAGUCGCUGUUGGAAAGCAGCCAAGCUGUAGCAGGAUUGCCCACAACGGCCGAUUGGGCAGCCUUAAGUACAGCACAUGAGGUUGGCGUUGCAGUCAAGGCCUGGCCAGCAGACAGCGAAGAGUCCUUUGCGUUUGCGUAUCCUGAGAAACCCACAAUGAUCGGAAUGGCACAGCUUCUCGAAGGUCAGCUGCAUGUUGACAGUAACAUCAAAACCGAUGAUCCGUCGAGCAACCUUAUACUCAUUGGCGAAGCUGGCAAGUCAAAAAUUGCUGCAAUGGCCGAAGCCGAACUCCAAAAGUCAGGGAUACCCCAAGGUCUUAUUGAAGGUUCACAGCCUCUAAACAGCCGGCGAGCAUCAGUUCUUGCCAGCAAAGCGUUGCCCAAGAAGUCUGGCAACAAUGAGAGUACGAAUACUCCCGAGCCGACUACACCGCUCCCAGCCCGACCGAAGAAGCGCAAGCUCACACACGAUGAUGAAACAGCGUCUCUUCCUGCUGAUUCACCACUGCUCGAUACAUGUAUCAUCGGUACCACCUCGGCGAAGCUUACAUAUGUUAUCGACAAGGUGGUAGAGCACCAAGGCUCCAAGAAGAUCAUCAUCUUCUACGAUGGCGACAACGCUGCUUUCUAUAUCGCGCAAAGCCUAGAAGCGCUUUAUGUCAAUCACCGCAUCUACGCCCGGCAGCUAGACAACACGAAGCGCUCGGAAUAUGUCAAGCUGUUUAACGAAGAUGCGACUGUCAGGGUUCUGCUCAUCGAUGUCGCUUGUGGUGCCCUUGGUCUCAACCUCAAUGCGGCGAGUAUCAUCAUCAUUGUCAAUCCAAUCAAUAGGCCUGGCCUUGAGGCGCAGGCUAUCAAGCGAGCUCACAGAAUUGGCCAGACUAAGGAAGUCCUCGUCGAGACACUGGUGCUUGAGAACACCAUUGAGCAUGCAAUCUUCGAACGAGCAAAGAAGAUGAGCCGGGCCCAGCACUUGGAGGCGAAAGAGCUGGAAGACGAUGCUGGCAUCACUGAGAUUAUUCAGAGUGCACAGAUUCUGCCUGUAUCAAACGACGAACAAGGGCUGGCGAAGUUCGCGUUGUUGAAGGUGCCACAGCAACUCUUUGGUCGGCCGAAUCGAGACAAGUACCACCGCAUUCAGGUGAAAGACACGCCAGAGAAGUCAAGAAAGAAGGCAAAGAUCUCGAAAACCACCACUCCUUCAAAGGGAAGCGGCGUCAAUACAUCCAUUGUGAUUGAAGAUCCCCCACAAACGAGCUCAUGGGCAGGUGGACUUAUACCGGACCUCUGA